AUAGACGACCAAACUAGCCCAUCAAAUCCCACACACUUCUGGAAGCUCUCUCUCUCGUUUCUCUUUCUUUCUCAAUCGCGAAGAGAAAGGGUUCUCUCUCUAGGGUUUGUUGGAAUCAAAGGCGAAAGCGGGAGAUCCAGGUUUUGAAUUGGUUUGAUUAAUAAGCCUUGAUUUUUCUCUCUCGCUCUAGGGUGUCUGUGUGUAUGUCCGUCACAUUGUGUUCGUGUCGAUGCGUUUAUUUCUAGCUUCGAUUUCGAUCUAUCUAGGGUUUGCGAUUUCAUGGGGGUUUUUUUUGCUCAAAGGAGCUUAUUAGGUUUUUUUGAGUGAGUAUUUUGUAUUGUUUCUCAAAUAAAGUUCCUUAAUUUCUUAAAAUUCUCUUUUUGUUUGAAUUUUAGAGAGAGAGAGAGAGAGAGAUAAUAAGAUUGGUUUCUUAGUUUUUUUUUUUAAUUUUUGUUUUUGGGUUUUUGGAGGGUUGCAUCAGAUCAGUGAAGUGUCGGUUUUGAAGCUCGUUUGUUGAAGAUUUACUUCAGAUGAAUUUAGGUUUGGGGACACAUGCAAUUAGUGUGUAAUUUGAUGAGGAUCUGUUAUUGCUGCUCAUAAAUAAAGGAGGACUACUGUAAAUUGUAGUGGAAGACUUGAAACUUUCAGUACAAUUGCGAGAAAAAGGACAUAAAACAAGAGUAAUUAUUUAUUUAUUAAACCUGAUUCCUUGAAGUUAAAAGAAAUUGAAUAAAUGUGUGUAUGGUAGAGGAAUUGUGAACUGGAAGCGGAUCAUUGGCAUGAAUUUUUUGAAAUUGAAUUCAGAGGAAACAUAAGAAGUUAAACAGCUGAAGUUGAUGAUAUGUGCAGUUAUUGGAAGAUAAUCCUAUGGCACCGACUGUUCCUAUAGAUUUUAUUGGACGGAAGGAAUCCAAAAAGGGUUGGCUUUCACAACCAAUGGGGAAAUCAAAGAAGUUCUCCAAAGGGCACUCCUCUGGUUUUGUUCCGGAUUAUCGACAUGCUGUUCACACCAUGGCUGAAUCAGAAGGGUUUGGGAGCUCUGGACGUGUCGACACUGAGAUGACAGCAUCGGAAGAUUCCUGUGCUCCCAAGAGAAAAUGCAUUAGUUUGAAUAUGGAUUGUUAUGAUACUUUUGGUGUACCAUCACAAGUCUUGUCACUGUCAAAGAUGUCAAGGCCAGAGAGGAAGGAUUUGGAAAUGAGGUUGAAAAAGGAACUUGAACAGGUCAGAAUCCUGCAGAGGAAAGUGGCUUCUCUGAGUUCAAAUACGGUUUUAUUAUCGCCUUCUAGUGAUAUCAGGAGUUGCAGUGAUGGCCAAAAGAGGCCUCCACUAGAAGGUCUUCAUAGUUCAUUUGAGGUAUCAGCUCCACAGAGUAAGAAGCGGGCUCCUCCUGAUCGAAAUAGAGGCCACACAAAAAAGGGUACAUCAGCACGUUCUGAGCCAGUGAAGCCAGCUGCUCCACUGGGUAUUUCGACUGCUAUGUUGAUGAAACAGUGUGAGGCAUUACUAAAUCGUUUGAUGGCACAUCAGUUUGGUUGGAUUUUCAAGACUCCUGUUGAUGUGGUGAAAUUGAACAUACCGGACUAUUUUACUAUCAUUAAACAUCCAAUGGAUUUGGGUACAGUGAAGAGCAAGAUUGUUUCUGGUGAAUAUUCAAGUCCACUGGGAUUUGCUGCAGAUGUGCGACUUACUUUCUCAAAUGCAAUGAAGUAUAACCCUCCUGGAAAUGAUGUCCAUUCCAUGGCUGAGACCCUCAGGAAAUACUUUGAAGUUAGAUGGAAAGUAAUAGAGAAGAAGCUUCCUGUUACCACUGGCGUGGAAUCAAUGCCAUCAAGAAUUGAUGUGCAUAUAGAAAGGGAAACAACUGUUCAUAUAGAAAGGGAAACAACUACUAGUGCUCCUCCUUUGAAAAAGAAGAAAAUUACACCAAGUGACAAUAAGGUUAAGCCAGAACCUGUCAGGCGGGUCAUGUCUAAUGCGGAGAAGCAGAAGUUGAGCAUGGAGUUGGAGGCAUUGCUGGGUGAAUUGCCUGAAAGCAUUAUUGAAUUCCUAAAAGAGCAUAGUGGUAAUGCUGGCCAGACUGGUGAGGACGAGAUUGAGAUUGAUAUUGAUGCUCUUGGUGAUGAUACAUUGUUUAACUUACGGAAACUCUUGGAUAAUUAUAUACUGGAGAAACAGAAAAACCAGUCAAAAGCUGAACCAUGUGAAAUGGAGAUUAUUAACGAGCCAGGGAUUAGCAAUUCAUCAUUGCUACCAUGCAAAGAUUCAGAUUCUGGCAGUGAAUCUGGUAGUGAAUCUGUCGCAGUGAAAGUGUCUGCUUCCAUUAAUGCUACUAAGAGCGAAAUGGAACCUGGAGAAAAUGCAGACCAAAAGAGAAGUGAUCCUGAUGAUUCAGAUGUUGGAAAUCAAUCUGUAGAUGGAUUGGACCAAGUUGAGCUGGAUACUGAGGGUAAGCCAGUUGCAGCUGAGGUAGAUGGCCACCAAGAGGGGGAGAGUGCUCCAUCCAAGAGGCAAGUCUCUCCCGAAAAGCUCUAUCGUGCAGCUUUGUUGAGGAACCGUUUUGCCGACACCAUACUUAAAGCUCGAGAAAAAGCACUUGAAAAGGGUGAAAAGUGUGAUCCCGAGAAAUUGCGGAAGGAGAAGGAGGAAUUUGAAAGAAGGCAAAAGGAAGAAAAGGCUCGGUUGCAGGCAGAAGCCAAGGCUGCUGAAGAGGCUAGAAGGAAAGCUGAAGCUGAAGCUGCUGCUGAAGCCAAAAGGAAGAGGGAACUGGAAAGAGAAGCUGCCCGUCAGGCAUUGUUAGAGAUGGAAAAGACUGUUGAUAUCAACGAGAACAGUCAUUUCAUGGAAGACUUAGAAAUGCUUAGGACGGUCCAUGAUGAACAGCUUCCAAGUUUCAUAGAGGAAACAAGCCCAGAUCUUUCUCAAAAUUGCUUGGGUAGUUUCAAGCUUCAGGGAAGUAGUAACCCACUGGAGCAACUAGGAUUAUACAUGAAGGAAGACGACGAUGAGGAAGAGGAAGUAGUUGAACCACCACCUCCUAGUGUACCAGAGCGAGCAAAAGAUGUUGAGGAAGGAGAAAUUGAUUGAUCAGGUCUUUGCUUUGAUUAUUUCUGCAUCCAAAGAACUAUGGGCUCGCAUAAUCUUCUGUAUCCUCUGUGAUAUAUCUCAGCGGCAGACAAGCCUAUGACAAGGAUUACUCUUCACCUACUUGAAAGAAUGAGCCGCAGACUCUCAGGGGAAACAUGAUAAGCAGUUGUUAAUUGGGUUUUGUCUUUUUUGGCCUUGUUCUUAUUUACUGGUUUGGAGUGCGGUUUCAAAACAUGGUAAACAACAUUUUGUCAGUGUUAGCAUAUGGCUACUUGUGGGUUGCCAGUGAAAGAUUUGCCGGGGCUUGAGGUUUUGUUUAUUCAAUUUUAUAGUUUUGUAAAAAAAGAAACUCUAGUUUGUACGAGUUAGUGAAACCUUGGGUUCAUGGCAUUAGGUUCUGUGGGUUGUAGGGGGAUGCGUGGGCGGGGGAAAGCAAGCUCGGAAGCUUAGGCAGGAGGUAAGUUAACCUAGGAAUUGUAAUAUAGUCAAAGCUGAGGCACCUUUUAAUGGCAUUCAUUUCAUUUCUUCUUUCUCAA